CCGCAAGUGAUCGGGCUUGCCCGGGGACCCUGCGCCACGACUCUGCAUGAAUUUCGCUUUCGCUUUGGGCCAGCCGGAGGCGGCGGGGCCGUCCCCUGAACGCCUGCGGCCGGGCACCCGUGGAGUUAAUCCGAAAGCGCCGCAAACCCCGCGGGCCGAACUCCGCGUGUCACCGAGAAGCUGAUGUAGAGAGAGACAGAGAGAGAAAGCAAGCAAGAGACCAGAGUCCCGGGAAAGUCCUGCCGCGCCUCGGGACAAUUAUAAAAAUGUGAUCCCCUGGGUCGGCUUCCCACCAUCGCCCUCACCUGCUGCGUCCACCGUCCGGAUCCAGCUCCAGCCCAGUGUCCGCCCAGUGCCCGCUCAGCAUGUGCCCGCCGCGUGGCCUCCUCCUUGUAACCAUCCUGGUCCUGUUAAACCACCUGGACCACCUCAGUUUGGCCAGGAACCUCCCCACACCCACACCAAGCCCAGGAAUGUUCCAGUGCCUCAACCACUCCCAAACCCUGCUGCGAGCCAUCAGCAACACGCUUCAGAAGGCCAGACAAACUCUAGAAUUUUACUCCUGCACUUCCGAAGAGAUUGAUCAUGAAGAUAUCACAAAAGAUAAAACCAGCACAGUGGAGGCCUGCUUACCACUGGAAUUAACCAUGAAUGAGAGUUGCCUGGCUUCCAGAGAGAUCUCUCUGAUAACUAAUGGGAGUUGCCUGGCCUCCAGAAAGACCUCUUUUAUGACGACCCUGUGCCUUAGCAGUAUCUAUGAGGACUUGAAGAUGUACCAGGUGGAGUUCAAGGCCAUGAAUGCAAAGCUGUUAAUGGAUCCUAAAAGGCAGAUCUUUCUGGAUCAAAACAUGCUGACAGCUAUUGAUGAGCUGUUACAGGUUCUACAGGGCAAAUGUUUCCUACCCUCCAGUCAUCCACUGCAACUGUCCCGAUUUUUGCCAAACCCAUAUGCCAGGUGAAAUGUUACUUACUCAGUAUUUCUUUACAUCUCUAACCGCUGUAAACAGACCACUGGUAUCACUUGUGGUAUGGAUAAGGAAGACAUAAAGAUAAAUAUUUCUUAUUUUAAAUGUAUUUAUAUGUACUCCACCGAAAACAAUCUCAUAUAUUAUCAUUCUGCACUUUGGGAACACCAUACGUGGGGAGUUCCUUCUGAACAUAUCAUUGUGACUUUAUGCCACCUUCCCUGUUUGAAAUGCAAUCCCUGCUCCAUGAAGAGUCUAUGCCUCAUGCAGGCCUUCUUUGGGUCCCUUUAGUGAAGAUGCCUUAAUAGUGACGAGCAAUCUCAAGUAACCAUUAGUUUAGCCAUUCCUCCCCCCCAAAUACAGUGGAGACCAGAAACAUCUUACAACAAGAGUAUCUUCUAAAGUUUUUUAAAAAAAUGCUUACUUUUGACAGAAAGAGAGAGAGAGAGAGAGCAUGAGUAGGG